CUGUGUUUCUCCUCCUAUCACAGCGAGUGUCAGCGUUGAGCUAGUUUCCCCGGCAAGUGAGUGAAAAUGGCUGAAAGAGGAUACAGUUUCUCGCUAACAACUUUCAGCCCUUCUGGCAAAUUGGUCCAGAUUGAAUAUGCCCUGGCAGCUGUAGCAGCAGGAGCACCAUCAGUUGGAAUAAAAGCUGCUAAUGGAGUUGUGUUGGCAACAGAGAAGAAACAGAAGUCCAUUCUCUAUGAUGAACAGAGUGUACACAAAGUGGAGCCAAUCACCAAACACAUAGGCAUGGUGUAUAGUGGCAUGGGUCCUGAUUACAGGGUGCUGGUACGAAGAGCUCGGAAAUUGGCUCAGCAGUACUUUCUGGUUUAUCAGGAGCCUAUUCCUACUGCUCAGCUAGUACAGAGGGUGGCCUCAGUAAUGCAGGAGUACACACAGUCUGGUGGUGUGCGUCCAUUUGGAGUAUCGUUGCUGAUUGCUGGUUGGGAUGAAGGACGUCCAUAUCUAUUCCAGUCUGACCCAUCAGGUGCUUAUUUUGCAUGGAAAGCAACAGCAAUGGGAAAGAAUUAUGUCAAUGGAAAAACCUUUCUUGAAAAAAGAUACAAUGAAGACCUGGAGCUUGAAGAUGCAAUUCACACAGCAAUCUUAACACUAAAGGAAAGUUUUGAAGGGCAGAUGACUGAAGAUAACAUAGAGGUCGGCAUCUGCAAUGAAGAAGGGUUUAGACGACUCUCUCCAGCAGAGGUUAAAGAUUACCUGGCUGCCAUCGCUUAAAACAAACCAACAUUAAAACCACUUACCUGAUUUGGCAUCUAUUCCGAGUUGUGUACGUUUCUUCUGUAACUUACAAAUACUGUAUUUUCAGUUGAGGAGCAUUUUUAUCAUUUUGUAUUUUUUUUUUUUUCUUGUUUAGAAAACGAAAAAUAAAUACCAGUAAUUAAACAUGGUUUUGACUACCCAGGGUUAAUGAA